AUGACUCGCCGUGCUCACUCCUUCAAGCGCAAUAAUACCAACACCAAUAAUGCCGGCAGCAACAAUAAUAGCAACAACGUUACUAACGUUAGCAGUAGUGGUAGUAGUCUUAGCCCCCAUCUUGAGAUUGAUCUCCACUUAAACUCACCUAGAUCUGAAACCAUUGCUGGCUUUGAAAGGGAAGGUCACAACAGGCAGAAUCUGAGCCAAAGAGUUCAUGGGGGUGUAUCGAAGAGUUUGAUAAAUAAGAAAGGUAGUAUUGGAUCUAUGGUGAUGGAUUUUGGGUUCAAGGAAAAGAAGAAACUUGGACACUGGAUGUUCUUUUUCUUUUGUGGGGUUUGUUUGUUUUUGGGUGUUUUUAAGAUUUGUGUAUAUGGGUGGUUUGGAUCUGCCAUGGAAAGAGCUGCCUCUAAUCAGGAUAUUUCCAGUUCCUCCACCCAACAGGAACGAAGGUCUUACAAUUACUGGAAGCCAGAAAAUGAUCCGAAAAGAAUAAUAAUAGAAGUAGGCUCGGAUAUGGUUGAUAUACCGAAUAAGAAGGCUGAAUUUUCAGAUAUCUGGUCCAAACCCAAUAGUGAAAAUUUCACCCAGUGCGUUGACCAGCCCGGAAGUCACAAAAAGCUAGGUGCAAAUACAAAUGGCUAUGUUCUCAUAAAUGCUAACGGUGGCUUAAAUCAGAUGAGAUUUGGGAUUUGUGAUAUGGUAGCUGUAGCUAAGAUUAUGAAGGCAACACUUGUCCUUCCCUCCCUUGAUCACACCUCCUACUGGGCUGAUGAUAGUGGAUUUAAGGAUCUGUUCAAUUGGCAACAUUUUAUUGACACACUGAAGGAUGAUGUCCAUAUUGUGGAGAAGGUGCCACCUGCCUAUGCUGGAAUCGAGCCUUUCAACAAAACACUGGUAUCUUGGUCCAAGGUUCGUUAUUACAAAACUGAGGUCCUGCCAUUGUUGAAGCAGCACAAAGUAAUCUAUUUUACUCACACCGAUUCUCGUCUUGCCAACAAUAAUCUCUCAGAUUCCAUACAAAAGUUGAGAUGCCGUGUUAAUUAUAGGGCACUGAAAUAUUCUAAACCAAUAGAAGAACUUGGAAACACCUUGGUCAGCAGAAUGAGAGAAAAUGGGAGCCCCUAUCUUGCUCUCCAUCUGAGGUAUGAAAAGGAUAUGCUUGCAUUUACAGGAUGCAGCCAUAAUUUGACAGCAGAAGAAGAUGAAGAGCUACGCAGGAUGCGAUAUGAAGUCAGCCACUGGAAAGAGAAAGAAAUAAAUGGGAUGGAAAGAAGGUUGCUUGGCAAUUGCCCAUUGACUCCUAGGGAGACUUCCCUUUUGCUCAAAGGGUUGGGUUUUCCAUCCAGCUCUAGGAUUUACUUAGUAGCUGGUGAAGCUUACGGGAAUGGAAGUAUGCAAUAUCUUUUAGAUGAUUUCCCAAACAUCUUCUCACAUUCCACUCUCUCCACAGAAGAGGAGCUGAAUCCUUUCAAGAAUCAUCAGAACAUGUUGGCUGGUUUAGACUAUCUUGUUGCACUUCAAAGCGAUGUAUUUGUCUACACUUACGACGGGAAUAUGGCAAAGGCAGUUCAAGGUCACAGGCGAUUUGAGGAUUUUCAGAAAACGAUCAAUCCAGAUAAGAUGAAGUUUGUGAAGCUUGUGGAUGAGUUGGAUGAAGGAAAAAUAUCUUGGAAGCGAUUCAGUUCCAAAGUGCGAAAGCUUCACAAAGAUCGAAUUGGAGCUCCAUAUUUAAGGGAGCCUGGAGAGUUUCCAAAGCUGGAAGAAAGUUUCUUUGCAAAUCCCCUUCCUGGAUGUAUUUGUGAAACAGCACGAGAAAAGUAG